GCUCUCACCUCCCCCAAGCAAGGAACCCCCUUAUCCGGUUUUGACCAAACCGUUCGCCGCCGGGUCAGUUCGUCCGCCCAUCAACAUGGGACCCGAGCCUCCUCUCCUGCCAAUUCCUUCCUAGCCAGCCAGCACGCGGCCACAAAGCUUUACCUAGGCAGCGGUCCAUACGGGUGGACGAAUCCAUACGUUUUUCAACGGUUUGUUUAGCACCCGGUCUCCCUCCUCCGCCUCUGCUUCCGUCGUCUCCCGCCGCCACCAACGGUGUCUGAUUGGUCGUUGGUCGCAUAAUUCGCUGGUAUAUAUUCGCGGCCAUGUCGCGGAUCAUUGCGUCUGAAUUCCUGGAAGGGAAAGCGAGGUAGCCGUGAAUUGGGUACGCAGCAGCUCGGGUUUCAGCUCGGGCUCGUCCGGUGGUGAUGGAGAAGGGAGGAAGAGGGCUGUCCUGCCGGGCCGCGGUCUGCGGCAUCGUCGUCCUGCUCUGCGCCACCGCCUUCUCCUGCUCCCUCGCCGCCGAGUUCCGCAGAGUCAAGGACGAGGACAUGAAGCUGGACGGCAGCCUCUGCUCCCUGCCCAAGAGCUCCGCCUUCGAAUUGGGCGUCGCGGCCAUCGCCUUCCUCUCCGUCGCGCAGCUCGUCGGCACCACCGCGGCGGCGACCACCAUGUGCGCCUCCAGCUCCAAGCCCAGCAAGUCCGUCGCCACCAGAGGCCGCGUCGCGCCCGUCGCACUGCUGGCCCUCUCAUGGGUGUGCUUCGCUCUGGCCGUUAUCCUGCUGGCGACGGCGGCGAGCAUGAACAGCGGGCAGCGCUACGGCCGGGGGUGGAUGGACGGCGACUGCUACAUCGCUAGGAACGGCGUGUUCGGCGGCGCCGCCGCGCUGGUCGUCAUCACGGCGCUCCUCAUCCUCGGCCUCACCUUCGCCACCAAAACCGCGGGGGGUGGCUCGAGCACGACGGCGUGCGCAAGAGGAGACGCCGCCCGCACAACUACCAUCCGUGUCGACGCGGCAACAGGCGCGGGCGCGGAACAGCCGGGCAGGCGAUCCAAGCAAUGAUCGGUGCUGGCAUCGGCAGAUCGAUCGGACACGAGGGCGGGGCGGGCCAACCGGUGGAGAGGUCGAUGGCACGCUUCGCUGUUCGUCCCGCAAAGGCCAAGCCGAGUGGGGCAUCUUCCUCUCCUUUUGGUCUCGGGUGGGGGCAUCUUGGUAGGCUGGCAAAGCUGAGAAAGGCGAUCUCGGGAGUACUGCCGGUGGGUUGGAUGGGAGGGACACAGUACAUAAUUACUGACACGUUUACUGACGUCGCCGUGCAAAUUGUAAAUGACAUUACCGAACUGGUAAGAAGGAAAGAUCCUCAAGGAUCGUACAGAACAGAACAGAAAUUACUCGGGUUUGUGCUCUGCUGCCAUUUUGAGCACUAACAUCGAUUGGCGGCUAGUGAGCAUCUCCAGCCGAUCCAUAAAUAGUGAGGUAAUAGCACCCAGGUACCCUAACUUGCAUAGAAUAUGAUGAUUUAGUCCCAAACUUGCAAAA